AUGCAAAGCACUACUUCACCUCAAAAGCGACCAAAACAACAAGAAAGUCGUGUUCGAUUAGAACCAGAGUUAUAUCGUAAAUUAAAACAAUUACAACAAAAACUUGGAUUUAAAACAUUAACUCAGUUAAUUGAUUAUUUAAUAAAUGAAUAUACAAAAUUACAACAACCAGAAACUAGAGAGAGUAUUCCACAAAAUAUUCCAUCUGAUACAUUUUGGAGUAGAGUAGUUCAUGUAUUAAUGUUCAAUGGUGUUAUUGAUGCAAAUACUUUAUUACAAGGUACUCAAAAUGAUCCAUUUACACAUAACCAAUUAAGACAAAUAUUAAUUCAUUCUCAAUCUCCUCAAGAAAUCCAACAAGAACUUCAACAAGAACAUCAAGUAGGUUUAGAGCCUCGUUGUGUGGAAUGUAUCAAACAAUAUGGUGAUUGUUUAAAUAAUAUUUCUUCUACUUCAACAAAUUCUUCUUCUUCUACUUGUUUAUGUAUGUGUCCUCAUUAUCAAUCAUCUUCUCAACCUUGUGCACAAGGUCUUUGUUAUACACUUUCAACAUAUUUCGAUGAUAGUGGAGAAUUUCAUUCCAAUUGUUCUUGUCCUUAUCAAAACCAACUCUAG